AUGUCGUCUGUGCCAGCACGAACAGGGCGACAAAGACAGCGUUAUGAAGACAACUUGCGCCUUGUCUCUGGAUGUAUUCCCUAUAGAUGGAGAAAGUUCAACACAGAUCUAAUGGGAGAAACUGAGGAGAUAAUAGAAGUACUAAUGGUUUCUUCUCCAAAACGUGAUGACCUUGUAUUCCCAAAGGGUGGAUGGGAGGAUGAUGAGACAGUUACAGAAGCUGCUUGCCGCGAAGCUUUAGAGGAAGCAGGAGUUAAAGGAAUACUAAGAGAAAUUCCAUUAGGAAUAUGGGAGUUCAGAAGCAAAAGCAGUCAAGACUUGUGUGUCGUGGAAGGAGGCUGCAGAGGAUACAUGUUUGCAUUGGAGGUGACUGAAGAACUUAACACAUGGCCAGAGCAGAAAAAUCGUGCUCGGCAAUGGUUGAACAUAGAACAGGCAUUCAGACUCAGCAGAUAUGACUGGAUGCGUAAUGCACUUGAGGCGUUUUUGAGAGUGAUGGCAGAGGACAGAAAGCUUGAUGAGAAGGAAGACCAGAAUAUUGAACUUGAAGCACCUUCAAUUAUAGUAGCAGAUGUGCCAGAAUGCCAAAGUAUAUCACCUAACUGCUAUAAAAUAUCCUCUACCAUGCAGCACCAUGGCAUGCCUCCUUCGGCCAAUCUUUUGUCAUGUGCUACUCAAGAGAUAGCCAUCCACUUUGGUUAUUGA